GAACAGCUGAUAGUGAAAUCAGGUUUGGAAGUCCAAUUGGAAACAAUGCAGAAAUAAUAUUUGUGCGUAACACGCCAACAAAAGACACUCGCGAGACACUUUCACUGAAUGCCCGACCAGGACACGGCUGGAAAGUAGCUAGCCCCACCAUGGACAUGGCCAGGAGCAUCUUUGGCCGCGACCACGAGGGUUACGUGGGCCGUGAAGAGCAUACGCGCAAACUACAGAACCUCGGCUCCGAAGACGAUCUGGGCGAGCUGCCGCCCAUGAUGGAGGAACUGAGUGUGGCCGAUGGCCUGCGUCCGAAUCCCGGGGGGCCAUUUUCAGCCCUAACCGCCUCAAUGUGGCCGCAGGAGAUCCUGGCCAAGCUGGGCGGUGGUGCCGAACUGGCUUCUGGCCCAAACGACCAGCCGGAGUACCGCUUCGAUGAGUUCGGAUUCCGCGUGGAGGAGGAGGAUGGACCGGAGCAGAGCUCCAACAAAUUGCUCAGCAUACCCUUUGUGGAGGACGCCCAGCAGCGGCUGCAGUGGAUCGCCCACCUGGAAUUCUCGCACAACAAGGAGGCCACAGAGCUCAGCUGGGAGCAUGUGGACGUGAUGCUCCCACGCACCGAAAAGCUGCGCAACAUGGUCCGCCAGGGAAUUCCCCACACCCUGCGCGCCCAGAUGUGGAUGCGCCUGUCUGGAGCACUGGCCAAGAAGCAGAAGAGCGAGACCAGCUACCAUGAUAUAGUGAAGGCCUCAAGCAACGACCAGCUGAUGACUUCGAAGCAGAUUGAGAAGGAUCUUCUGCGCAUCCUGCCCACCAAUGCCUGCUUCAGCAAUCCGAACGGAACAGGCAUUCCACGGCUUCGCCGAAUCCUAAGGGGUAUCGCGUGGCUCUUCCCGGACAUCGGUUAUUGCCAGGGCACAGGGGUGAUCGUGGCCUGUCUGCUGCUCUUCAUGGAGGAGGAGAACGCCUUCUGGAUGAUGGCCACCAUUGUGGAGGAUCUGCUGCCGGCUUCCUACUACAGCUCCACCCUGCUGGGCAUCCAAGCUGAUCAGCGCGUGAUGCAAACGCUCAUAGCCAAUUACCUAAGCAGCGUGGACGAGUCGUUGCGGAAGCACGACAUCGAGCUCUCACUGAUCACGCUGCAUUGGUUCCUCACUCUGUUUGCCAACGUGGUGCAUAUGAAGAUCCUGGUGCGGAUAUGGGAUUGGUUCUUCUACGAAGGCUCCAUCGUGCUGUUUCAGCUGACGCUGGGCAUGCUUAAGGUGAAGGAGCAGGAUCUGAAGCACCUUGAGAACUCCGCACAGAUUUUCAAUUCGCUCUCCGACAUUCCCGGCGAAGUCACCGACGUCGAAGUGCUCUUCCGCCAGGCCUUAGAGGUGGGCGGCUCGCUUAGCCAGACGGUCAUCGACACCCAUCGUCGUCGCCACCUGGCUUAUCUUAUGACAGAUCAGGGCCACCAGAUAGGAAACCCCGAGGCGGCGCCCAAUCUUCCCAAGCAGCAGCUAGCCUGUCGACAGGUGCGCAAAAGCAAGUCGAUCCUAGAGGCCUUUCUCUUCCGCGGCGACGCCAGCGAAGGGGACCAGUUGAAGAAUAAGAACAUUCGGCAAACCGAGAUCCUGGUGGACCUCAGGGAGGCUAUUCUUAAGGUGGGUCGCCACUUCAUCACCAUUGAGCCCAAGCUGUCCGGCCACAUUCAGCUGACUGCCAACUACAGCACUGAGUCGCAUGCUAAGGACCACGAGAACUUCAUCAAUGUGGCAAGGACGCGAAAGCGUCGGGCCAAGGCCUUGCACGAUUUUGAGCGGCACGACGACGAUGAGCUGGGCUUUCGGCGGAACGACAUCAUCACGAUCAUCAGCCAGAAGGACGAGCACUGCUGGGUGGGCGAACUUAAUGGACUGCGCGGCUGGUUUCCGGCCAAGUUCGUCGAACUGCUGGACGAGCGGAGCAAGCUAUACACUUCGGCAGGAGAUGAUGCCAUUUCGGAGACAGUAACGGACCUGGUGCGGGGCACCUUGGCGCCGGCCAUCAAGGCCUUCCUGGAGCACGGCAUGAAGCGACCCACGUUCCUGGGCGGACCGAUCCAUCCCUGGCUGUACAUAGAGGAAGCGGCCACCCGGGAGGUGGAGAAGGACUUCGAGUCGGUGUACAGUCGCCUGGUGCUGUGCAAAACGUAUCGCCUGGAUGAGGAUGGCAAGGUGCUGACGCCCGAGGAGCUGCUCUACCGCUGCGUCCAGGCCAUCAACCAGACGCACGACGACGCCCACGCCCAAAUGGACGUUAAGCUGCGCUCGCUCAUCUGCCUGGGCCUCAACGAGCAGGUCCUGCAUCUCUGGCUGGAAGUGCUGUGUGCCUGCCAGGAGGUCGUACAGAAGUGGUACCACUCCUGGAGCUUCAUCGACUCACCCGGUUGGGUGCAGAUCAAGUGCGAGCUUCGCAUCCUCUCGCAGUUCGCCUUCAACCUGAACCCCGACUGGGAACUGCCGCCGAAGCGCGGCAAGGAGUCGCAGCCCCUCAAGGAUGGAGUGCGGGACAUGCUGGUGAAGCACCAUCUCUUCUCGUGGGAUUUGUGAAGCUCGAUGCCUUGUACAGAGUCCCAGAAUCGUUGGCAAUCAACCGCGUAUCCAAUAUCUCAUUUCUCCCUCUCGUUUCUUUUAUUUCCAUGUGCAAUCGCAAUCGUUUGAAUCGUAGUAGCUAGCAUUCGCUUUUUAAGUACUUCUCUGUUGUCGUACGCCUAACUUAAGUGCUUUACCAUAACGAUCUUUAGCUGUAACUAUUCUUUAAAUCGCCCUAUGUAUAGCUCGAGCCGUUUGUUUACUUAAGGUCCAUCCAUUACUAUAAAACCUACACCACACCAAUCUACUAAAUUACAAAUGUAACGUACCUUUAAAUUGAAAUCAAAUCUUAUAAAGUACAUACAUAUUUAUUACUAUAUACA